AUGUCGACGAAUCCUGAUGAAAUACUUGAACCUCCUGAACAGGUAGAAGUUGAUUCUCAAGCGACCCCAAAUGCAAGCCAAACUUUACGUAAAUCAAGUACAGCUGCCAGUGGGUUUUCCAAGUUUACUUCUAGGGGAAAGUACAGUAAUGAUGAUGAUGUGAACACUAAAACAAUUGACUUAACUCCUAGUGAAGAUUUUGAUGAGUCUAACGUAACUACUAAGCCUCAACCUCGUCUUCCAGUUGAACCAACUUUCAGAGGCUGGAAGGAAGUUGGAGGAUGGGGAGAAUCCGAUGCGUUAACCGCUGAUGAUGAACUAGAAGAUUUGUCUGGUAAGUCAACCGUUUUCGACCAAUACUUACCUGCUGUUGCCUAUGGUGAUUGGUAUCAUAAUACUGGUUACUUGAUUGUUGGUGGAUUAUUAUCCUGGCUUGUUGGAUGGUUAAGGUUCUCAUUGGCCCCCAUCUUCUUCAUUAUGAUAGUAUUUGCUACUUUGUAUAGAACCUCGAUUCGUAAGUACAGAACUACUUUGAGAGAACAAGCUCAAAGGGAAUUUAGUAUCAAGUCUAUUGAGAAUGAUUACGAAACUAUGGAUUGGCUUAACGUCUUCUUAGAAAAGUUUUGGUAUUUUUUGGAGCCAUCAAUCUCUCAAAUUGUGACUGAGCAAGCAAAUCCUAUUUUGGCUGCUUCACCUGCUCCAGGAUUCAUUAAACAACUUUGGAUCGAUAGUUUCACCGCUGGUACCAAACCAUUUAGAAUUGAUUGUGUAAAGACCUUGCCUGGAACUGAUGAUGACAUUGUUGUCAUGGAUUGGGGCUGUUCAUUUACUCCGAAUGCAUUGGCCGAUGCUAAUAACAAGCAGAUUAAGAAUAAGGUCAACCAAAAGGUUAUUGUUAAAAUGAAUUUGUUUGGAAUUAUCCCCAUUCAAGUUGCUGUUAGUGAUGUCUCCUUCAAGGCUAUAUUAAGAGUCAGAAUGAGAAUGAUGACGUCCUUUCCACAUAUUGAAACUGUGAAUGUUUCUUUAUUGGAACCUCCACAAUUUGAUUUCACUAGUCGUUUACUUGGUGAUACAAUUUUGAACUGGGAAGUCUUAUCUGUUCCAGGUCUUUACUUGUUCAUAAACGAAAUGGUUAAGAAAUAUGCUGGUCCGAUCCUUAUCACUCCAUUAAGUUUCCAAUUAAACAUUCAGCAAUUAAUGGCAGGUAAUGCCUUGGAUUCAUCCAUUGGUGUUUUAGCAGUUACUGCCAAAUCAGCCAGUGGUCUUAGAGGUUUCACUACUAUUGGAAAUACCUUAGAUCCCUACUUGAACAUUGGAUUCCAAAAGAAUAUCUUGGCAACUACGAAACAUGUUUCUGAUACUUCCAAACCAGUUUGGAAGGAAACUCACUAUAUCCUAGUCCAGCUGUUGAGUGAACCUUUGAAUAUAACAGUUGUUGAUCACAACGGUAAGAGGAAGGAUCGUGACGUUGGUACUAUACAAUUUGAUUUAGAACUGCUUAUUAAAGAACCAAAACAAACUGACCUUAGUGCUCCAUUCCUUAGAAAUAAUAAGCCUGUUGGUCGCUUACAGUUUGAUUUGAAUUUCAUGCCUACCAUUGAACCACAAGUACAAGCUGAUGGUGCUGUAAUUCCAGCACCUGAUUUGAAUACUGGUAUAGCAAGAAUUGAAGUUACUGAAGCUAGACAUUUGAGAGGCAAAGAAAAAGGCAUGGCUGUUAUGGCUGAGUUGUACAUUAACAAUGAAAAGAAAUUAAGUACUCCUGUUAUAAAGAGCACUAAGAAUCCUUCCUGGGGAGCCCAUCACGAAGAAAUUAUUGCAAAUCGCUCUAAAGCCAAGGUUAGAAUUGUAGUUAAAAAUCCUAAAACUGACAAAGUUUUGGGUCAAGUAUUUUCUACACUCAACAAUUUUAUUGAUGCUUCCCAAGUUGAUGAAACUUGGUUUCCAUUGAAAACUGGUGGUGAAGUUCGUAUUAAUACCUCUUGGAAACCUGUGGGAUUAACCAAUGCCAGUGGUUCAGGUGGAUAUUCCCCACCAAUUGGUGUUGUAAGAGUAUCUAUUGAUCAGGCUGAAGAUUUAAGAAAUUUGGAGACUAUAGGAAAAGUUGAUCCAUAUGUUAGAUUAUUGGUUAAUGGGUUUGAAAGAUCAAGAACAAUGGCAGAAGAUUCUACAUUAAACCCAACUUGGAAUGAAAUACAUUAUGUUUCAGUUGCUUCUGCGAACCAAAAAUUAACUAUAGAAGUUAUGGAUGUUGAAAAACGUCAAAAUGACAGAACAUUGGGACUGUUUGAUGUUAAACUUAACGAAAUUAUCAAUAAGAAUGAACAAGGAAAAUUCAUUCAACAUGAAGAUAAUAAGAAGAGAGUCGGUAAAUUGAUCCACAAGAGAGGUCCAAAAGGUACAGUUAGCUAUAGUUUGAGUUUCUAUCCAACAUUGCCUGUAAAGACAUUGGAAGAAAUCAAGGAUGAAAAAGAAGCUGAAAAGCAAUUAGAAGAAGAAAAGAAGAAGAAAGAGGAGGAAGAAAAGAAAGCGGCCGAAAAUGGUGAAGUUCCUAAUGAGUCUAAAGAUGCGAAGAAGGAAGAACCCACUAAGAAGGCUUCAGAUGGUGACGAAGAAGACAGUGAUGAUGAGGAAGAUGAUGGCCAAGUUGCUUCAAAUGCCAAAAUGGAACUUUCACUUGAUGAACUUCUUGAAUAUCAGCAUGGUGUGUUUGUUUUUGAACUCAUUGACGGAACUGUUUCCAAGGAGGACGUUUACCUUCAUGUUUAUUUUGACAAUCAUGGUUACAAUGACUAUGUCUCUCAAAAGAUUACUAAAAGACAAGCCCAAAUUGGAAACACUGGUGAUGUUAUUAUUAAGGAGUUGGAUUGGUCAAAGGCAUGUUUCCGUAUUUCUAAAAACAAGGAAGAUAAUAGAUUGGAUAAAGCAAUUGCUGAACUUACUAUUCCAACCGUUCAACUUAUCAAAAACGGGUACUAUGAACCUACCACAAUUUCCUUAAAGGGUACCGGUAAUGCUUCUUUCAAACUUCAAACACAAUGGAUACCUGUUAUUUAUGAUGAUGAUAGAAUUCCACCACAAGAUAGUGUCAAUAAUUCCGGUAUUCUUCACAUAGACGCUUUGAGAGCUACCGACUUGCCUGCUGGUGAUAGUAACGGUAAAUCCGAUCCAUAUGUAAAAUUAUUCUUGAAUACUAACAAAGACGAUUUCUUUAAAUCCAAGAAGGUAAAGAAAACUUUAGAUCCAACUUGGAAUGAAAAGGCAAGCGUUGAAGUGUUGAACUUGUACGAUUCGGUAGUUAAAGUUGUUGCUUAUGAUUGGGAUAUCGGUCCUGAACAAGACGAUUUACUUAGUAUUGGUUACAUUUCCUUGAAAGAUGUUGACCCAAUGAACAACCAUGAAGAAUUUGAAGUUGAAUUAUUCGAAGAAAAUGGCGACAAGGGUGGUAUAGCAUACUUCAAAGCUGAUUUCAAACCUGAAUUCCUUCUCAAUGUCAAGGCAUCCACAACGAACAUGGGAGAUACUGCGUUCGGCGCUGUUGGUGCUGUUGGUGGUUUAGGAAAGGGUGCAGUUAAAGGUCUCGGUGGAGGUGCAGUGAAGGGUCUUGGUGGAGGUGCUAAAUUUUUGAAAAAGGGCUUACAUCUUGGAAAGACUUCUGAAGAGUAA